UCAUAAUCAAAUGAGCUGCACUUAAAGCGGCAGCUUCUGACAGCUUAAAGUUUCUCUCAAAUGUGGAUAAUAACAUUUGCUCGGACCAUACCUAGCCUCAUCAAAUGCAUGACCUGGGUUCCUCCUGUGUUUGACACCUAUUUUUACAAUAGCAUGGCGUGUCAGAUAGGCUACGGGCCAAAUAAAUAAGGGUGGGCUGUGGUAAGAGGAACAGGAAGAGAGGAGUCGAGAAAGAGAAGGUAGCACGGCAGGCAGAAAGGGUGAGAGCUUGUCACUUCGACAUGCGAAACUCUUCUUAGCAAGUUUUUUUUUUCUUUUAAAAAUAUAUUGAUAAGACAAGCCAAACAUGCGUUGGUCCGCCCUAUGGGGAUAUCAGGAGAUGAUGCUUUGAAAAGACAAGUUUAAAUCAAAGUAAUAACAAUGGGGUCAUCAAAGUCUUCGACCUAACCAUUGUUUUGUGUAUCUUCUUGUCAAGGGGUUGACAUUGAGAUUAUUGGACUGCACAAACAUCAAAGUUGAAAUGGCUGAAGAAGGGUUGUUGGAACGUCUUGUCAUCACUGAAGAGGAAGAUAUGGCUGAAAGUGUUGUUGACAAAGAAGCAGCGACUAGUUCUGCUGUCAUCCUUCAGAGCUGCAGUGGCGAGUCGAUUCUGAAAGAGGAAGAGGAACACAGCAAAGCGGGCAAGAACGAAGAAAAUAUAACAAGUAAAAUGUGUUUAGAAGAGAAGACUGUUUUUGUAACUAAAGAAGAAAAACCAAAGAACCUGAAUGAUGGACAAAACACGGGUGACAUUGAGAGUGAAGGUCAGACACAUGUGGUGAUGAGGAAUAAUAAAAUACCGGGUAAACCAAGUGACACAGAGGAUGAAAAUGUCACUCAGAAUGACUCAGUGGACGUAAACAGGUUAAAUGUCUCGGAAAAACAACGCUUAGGUAUACCAAACCAAGAGGAGGAUCCAACAAAGGCUCAUAGGUUAACCCCCGACUUCCCAGAGGCACUGUACGAGCUGCUCUUUACCCUUCAGGAGGGGAGACGUCUCAAUGACCAGCGCUGCUCCUUCAGGCUGGAGGGUGGGAUGAGAAGGAGGAGAUGCCACUCUGAGCCCAGCACCAACAGGCCAGCCAACCGAGUGGUUUUUUCCUCCAUGACUUCAUUGCAGAAAGAAGAGUUUUUUGAUCUGUUGGCCACCGCUCAAGCUCGCCGGCUCGAUGACCAGAGGGCACAGCUUGAAAAGUCUCAACCACCAAAAUCAAAAGCCAGAGGUUUCCGGGGCAGCAUAAGGCAACUCUCUUUUGCAAGAAGGCCAGCCCCUGCGCCAGCGCCCGUACCCGUGCCCAAAGAGGAUCUCUAUAAUAUGAUUCUCACGACACAAGCCCAGGGCAGGCUGGAGGAUCAGCGCAGCAGGGCUCCUGGUCCAAUGGACGAUGAUGAUUUUUUCUCCCUGCUGCUGAGGGUCCAGGGGGGACGCAUGGACGAGCAGAGGACUGAACUACCGGGCCUACUACAAGCCUAAGAUGGAAAACAAAAAACUGUAGGGCUGCAGUAGAAGCCACACAGUGUUGUAGCUUUGUUUGUUGAAUUUCUGUUAAAACAAGUAUUUUUUCAACCCCAAUGAUGCUUUUUGAUAGUGUUGGUCAGAGUUAAAGCUGUUGAGAUAGUAGCAAGGAACGCUAAUGUUUGAGCAACAGAGCUUUUAACAUUACUUGAUGGAUGUUAUUGAAAAGAUUGUUAUGUUUACUGCUAGUUAGCUAUUGCUUUCUUUUCUGGUAAAAAGGACCAGAAGAGAUUCCCUCUUAUCUUGCUAACAGUUUUAUUUUAUUGAGUGUCUGAGAAGGGUGGUUGGAUGAUUAUGUGUGUGUUGCUGUUCCUUUUGUGGAGGAGGCAGUCAACUGAUAUCUAUUGUUUUUCCUUAUUUGUACAGUAGGCAUUAAACACACCAUGGAGGGUGUUGAGGACAUAGCUCCAAGGCCAAACUGUGCUUGACUGUAUAUGGAUGAUUGUGCUCGAGAAAAUAAAGACAAUUUCUAGCAGA